AUGGAGAUUAAUCAGCUCCAGAUGAAGAAGCCAAGAAUCCUCUGCCUUCAUGGUUAUGGAGACAGCGGGAAGAUUUUAGAAAAGACACUGGGAAAAUGGCCAGAAUUCGUGUUGGAAAAAAUGGAUUUGGUGUAUAUAGAUGCGCCUUUUGCCGCAGAUCCGUCCAGUUUCAUAGAGAGAUUUGACUCUCCUCAUUACAUGUGGUUCCAAGCUUUUCAUCAUGAUCAUGAUCAGUUUAACAAAUCUUUCGAUGAAGCCAUUUCAUACAUUGAGGAGCAAAUGAUUAAGCUUGGACCCUUUGAUGGUGUAUUAGGAGUGUCUCAGGGAGGAAGCGUAACAAGUACUCUGCCUGGAAUGCAGAAACAGGGUGUUGCACUGACCAAAGUUCCAAAGAUUAAGUUUGUUAUCAUUAUCUCCGGAGCAAAACUUGGAGGCUUGUUGUUUCCUUCAUCCCCACAACUUGCUAAAAAUGCCUUUUCCACUCCAAUUGAUAUUCCAUCCCUCCACAUAGUAGGAGAGAAAGAUGAACUCGUACUUCCGCAAUAUCAGUUCGAACUUAUGGAAUCAUUUGUGCGCCCCACUCUACUAUAUCAUCAUGGUGGCCACGGGGUGCCUGAUCCCUUAGAUGAUAAUGGCGUCAAGACUGAAGGCGGUGACCAAAGUCAAGAGAGCUCAAGUUCAGAAUUUGAGUUAACCACUUUACCCCAGUUUCUGAGGUUCAAGGUUCGGAUUCCAUCUCGGGGACGUAUAUAA